UGAACGCAACAUCAGAUGAUGAGAGUGGCUCAUCAGCUGCGGGCAGUCAGGUGUGGUCGUCCGGCAGACGUUCAGACCGCAGCGCCGAGCUCGUGGACGCCACCGAGACACGGACAGCGUCUGUUAACAUGGUCCACCGACACAGCAGAAUGUACGCCAUAACGACCACACACCUCUUGAAGCUGGGCUAAAGCAGCGAGAAGCGAGGGUCCUCCUCGUGUAACGAAACAGGGAAGGAAGCAGCAGAGGAACUGAAAUGAAAUCAAGGGAGCAGCUUAAAGGAACCUCAGCGCACGUGAGCACCACUGAGCUGCCGUGAGAAAGAGGAACGACUCGGCCUCUCUUCCGUUCAGAACGCCAUGGAGUCAACGAGCGAGCGGCGGAGGAGUUCAGGACAAUAACUGGAUUUAUGAUAAGCUGUCACCACACCUGGCACACAUUUGGCUGUGAGAGCAGCCCCCACAGGAAAGCGAAAGCCUCCUGGGUGGAGCUUCACAGGUGUGACUUUUAAACCCCGUGAAGACGUCACGUUCAGGGCGCGCGCUGCACCGACCGGACGGUGAACGUAAAGACUGUGUGGAGGAGCUGGAAAUCCCCUGAGGAGAGUCACCGGCUCAGGCUGGCACUGAGGCGGAGGCAUGCGAUCGCUCUCAGCCGUCAAGCAUGAAUCAUAAGUGCGGAGCUGGACGCGAACGCUUCAUUUUCUGCUGCCUGCCGCGGUUUCACUCUGAAACCAAAGAAAAAUGAUGUGAACUGAAACUCAAGAGAGAAACCCAAACUAAAAGGUUCAACUGGAAAUGUGCUCGUGUUGUCAUGGCAACGGCGUGUGGACAGACUGGCGUGCUGCUCUGAGCUGGUAGCGCUGGGAGGCGGAGAACGACACCAACGGCGGCAGAUUCGGACUUUCGCCUCCACCUGUGAAACUGAUUUGACUGGGACAUUCAGGAACAGGACGUCCACAUGGCGGGGAAGGACUACAACCAUCUCUUCAAGCUGCUCAUCAUCGGAGACUCCAAUGUGGGGAAAAGCAGCCUUCUGCUCCGCUUUGCAGACAACUCCUUCUCAGGCAGCUACAUCACCACCAUCGGCGUCGACUUUAAGAUCCGAACAGUGGACAUCGACGGCGAGCGGGUGAAGCUGCAGAUCUGGGACACAGCGGGACAGGAGAGAUUCAGGACCAUCACAUCGACGUACUACAGGAACACCCACGGGGUCAUCAUCGUGUACGACGUGACGAACCCCGAGUCCUUCGUGAACGUCAAGAGGUGGUUGAACGAAAUCUCGCAGAACUGCGACAACGUCUGUAAGAUCCUGGUGGGAAACAAAAACGACGACCCUGACAGGAAGCAGGUGGACACUCAGGACGCCGUGCGCUUCGGCGAGUCGAUGGGGGUCCGGGUGUUCGAGACCAGCGCCAAAGAGAACAUCAAUGUAGAGGAGAUGUUCAUGGCCUUCACGCACAUGGUGCUCCGGGCCAAGAAGCAGAACCAGAACCGGGCCGAGAGGGAGCGAGAGCGGGAGAAGGACAUGGUCAACAUCAGCGCUCAGCGAGACCGCGAUCGCAGGAAGAGAGCCAAGAAGUGCUGCUGAGAGCCGGACACGAAGCCACGCACCGCCCGGCGCCAACGCAAACCCAAAACUGGACUGAGAGUCGGUGCCUCGGAUCAGUUCUCUGUUCAGUUCUCUGUGUACUGCACAGCUGACCUCAGGUCAGUCUGCCCAGCUGACGCUCCUGAAAGUAACUGAAUCCGCCAGCACCGACUGCGUGCAGCAGCCCGGAGGCGACGUGCGAGUUAAAGGAUCCUUCUGGUGUUUUUGAAGCUUUAGACCGUAAACUGCAGAUCCCCUUUAGAUCAGGCGCUGGAGCCUCAGGAGGGAGCAGGCGGUUCUCUGCGACCGCCUGCAGGAUGGAGCCGAACAUUGUGAUCGGUGCCAACAUCAGGCUCCAGCUUCCACAGAAACACAGCAGCUCACCUUCACCUGACUCACCUGUAAGAUAUUUCACGAUUCGGUCAGUAAAUGUCAACAAGAGCCCAAAGUUUGUUUUCAUGUUGAAGAGGAACAGGAGGAACAUGACGACCCCUUCAGUGUCCACGGUCUUUGUGGGAUGUUUGUUCCCUAUGACGUGUGGCUGUGAUGAACGAGACGAAAACACCAGCGUGGUCCUUUAACUCACGGCGAGUGAACUGCUGUUCCGCUUUCAUGCAUUUGUUCUUAAUACAGUAAAAGUUUGACCACUGAAAGGGAACCGUUUUAUUACUAAACUGUAAUUCUGACGCAUUAACUGGUGUGACGAGUGCACUUUGAAGUCUGUCGCCUUAUUUGAGUCCGAAUGAGGCCAGUAAUCCAAGACUACAGUCCGUAAUCUCGACGCAGUUCGAGGCCAGCGUCUUCUUUUUUUAAUGUUGUCAUGAAAAUGUGUUCAAAAUCCAAAUAAAGCAAUAAAUCCAAA